AUGAUUACAUACUACACACCGAAAACUGUGUCUGAGAAAGCGAGGUUUUGGCCAGCCAUCGCUGCUAUAAUCAUUGUCUUCGCACUAUCUUCAUCAACCCCAAAAGGUCUACAGAGACCAUUCACGACCGGAUUUGCCCAAUAUCUCGGCAAAAUCUCCUACGCUUUAUAUCUAGUGCACGGGCCAGUGUGUCGAAGCCUUGGGUAUUGGAGUGUAAUUAAGAUCUGGGAGUAUACUGGUCGGACGACAACAGCGGGAUAUAUUGGUGGAGUAUUGGGAGGCGGGGUCUUGGUUUUUGCGACAGUGUUUUGGGUUAGUGAUAUCUUUUGGAGGAUUGUGGAUGUUGGAUGCGUAAAACUUGCAAGAUGGGUUGAGAGUAUUUGUCUGGUCAAGACAGAUGGCCCAAGCGAGAAAAUAGUUAAUUAA